AUGAUGAUGUUCGGCGGUGAUUUCAACUCUGGAACUUGCAAUCGAGGUCGAGUCGAACUCCCGAAAGAAGUUGCCCAGCCAAUUGUCGUUCCCCAGCCUGCUCAAAUUGUCCAGCCGGCACAAGUAGCACAGCCCGCUCAACAAGUCGCCGCGCAGCCAGUUCAGCAAACCGUCCAGCAGGUCCGCUACGUUGACACUGUUGUUCAACCAGGUCAGCAAGUGGUUUACAAACAAGCCCCGCCUGCAUACGUCCAAAACUUGAGAGAUGUCUACUAUUACGACGAUUACGAGAUGUACGGAAUGCCAGCCUACGGAUUCCAAAACCCUUACAUCCGAGGAGGUCGAGUUUUCUUCGGAUAA